AUGCGUCAACUGCCGCUCGUCGUGGUCCUCGUAUCGCUCUCUGCGCUCCUCAUCCUCCUCGGAGGGCGCCGGCCGGGCAAGGCCCGCACCUACAAGGCGGCGCCGUCCACCUCGUACACCGACGCUGCGGUCGGCGCGGUGUCCAGCGCGUCAGAGGAGAUCUCAGACGCAGCCUACGGCGCGUUUGAGGUGCUCCACAGCGCAGUGGACGCUGCGGCGGAGGUCGUCUCCUCGCCAAAGGCCGGCGAGGACCCGAUCGCCUUGGCUACCGCCGGCUUCCGCGCUGCUCCAGCGCACGGCUCGCCUCUGGCCUCGCGGGAGGGCUCUCGGGACGGCGCCGCGCUGCAGGAGGCGAAGCGGCAGAUUGAGGCGCUGCGAGCCGAGCAGCAGACCCUCAAGCGCGACAGCGAGAAGCUGCGCAGCGAGAAUGAGUGCAACCGCGACCACUCGAAGGUGCUCACGACGGACGACGUGCUCUGUCGCGUCCCAAAGGGCGAGCUUGCCUUCGUGACGCUCGCCAACCAGGCGGGCGGCGAGGCGGCGGCGGCGGACUGGGCGCCACGGCGUCUCUUCACGGCUCUGGCUGCGUACGGCGAGAUGGCGGUGAACUGGGCGCUGCUGCUGCUGCCGAUGCUGGAGAGGCUCGGCCACGGCGACCGCGCCGUCAUCGCGGGCAUGGACCAGUCUGGCGUCGACCUGUUUCUCAAGCGCCUGCUGCCCACCGUCGCCACCGCCUUGCAGAAUCAACGACAACUGACCAGCGAGUUGGUCACAUGGCUUAGGCACCGGCUGCCCACCGUCACCACCGCCUCCUUUGGGGGCAUCGCCUGGAACUCGGACCACAAGGGGUCGAUGGACGGUUUCCGCUGGAAGAAUGGCGCGAGCCCCGCGGCGUCACCACCGCCUUCCAUCGCGAGUCCACUCGCGGAGGUGGUUCUGUGGCUGCUCCGCGCCGGUCGCGACGUCUCGAUCUCGGACGUCGACGUCGCGUGGAUUGCGCCGCCCUACGCGUUGCUCCGCUCCGUGCCCGACGCCGACGUGCUCUCCGGCAGCGGCUGUUUCGGCGUGCCGUGCGACACGGACCCACGAGUCCAUCAGCGACUCUGGCACUUCCACUGGCGCAUAGGCACUGACUGCCUCAACGUGCCGUACGACGCGGACCGUUCGCCGCGCAAGAGCAACGUGCGCAACUGCGGCCACCAGUCGGGCUCCACCUGGUCGGCGUGGUUCAACACGGGCGUCAUGUUCUUCCGUGCGCGGCCGGCGGCGGUCGACGACCAGCUCUCCUUCAACCAGCUGGUCGGCACCGUCGGCGCGUCGGGCCGCCACGCCCCAAAGUUCCGCCGCUUCUACCCCCUCAAGCCGGCGAGCGAGGACGGGAGGGUCGUCUACGACGGCAACGGGUCGCGCCGCAUCCACGCCAUCCCCGUCUCGCAAGUCUGCUCGGCGCAUGUCUUCCACGUGCAGCAGUCGGCAGAGCCGCGCGGCUGCCUCGUGCUGCACCUCACCUUCGCGGGGAUGCUGCCUGUCCGGCCGGAGCCGUUCGACCAGCGCUACCUCUCCUUUACGCCGCCGCAGCCCGGCCCGACGCCGCCAGAGCGGCACGAGCCGGCGCCCGCUCGCGCGGGCAACGGCUGGACCGUCGUCGCGGCGCUGCAGUGGUCGCCUCCCCUGCGCAACGCCAUCGGCAUCGCGCGCGCGCUCGGCCGCCAGCUCGUGAUGCCACGGAUGGCGUGCUUGUGCGAGCGCGCGGAGUCGCCCGCCGCGCUUCUGCCCGGCUGCACGCUCGAGGGCGCUUGCACGCCCGUCUUCGGAGGCGCUUCGACGCCCGUCCCGCACGUUUGCCCGCUCGAGAGCGUGUACGACGUCGCGCGCGUGGAGCGGAUCUGGCAAAAGGGCUACCUGCAGCUGCGGCCGUGGACCUUCCUCAACAGCAGCAUCCACAAGCCGCCUGCCGGCAGCCGCGGCGCCCUGCCCUUCACGCCGGCCGACACCACCGCCGUGCGCUGGCUGGCGGAGGCGCCGCCGCAUGGCCGCCCGCCGCCGCAGGGUCCGCGGCAGGUGUGGCUCGAGAAGGGGCUCUCGGCAGAGCAGCUGCUGCAGGCGGUCUCCGCCGCCGGCGCGUCGGACGCGCGCGUCAUGCACCUCGAAUCGGCGGAGGGCGUCUUCGGCGGGUUCGAGUCUGCGGCCGAGAGCAAGCUCUUCAAGGAGGCGAUCUCGGGCGACCUGCUCGGCGGCUGGAGCGCUACGUGGUGCUGCACGAGCUGGAACAAGCCUGCGGGUACCUUCAAGUUCAAGAGGCCGGUGCCGCUGCCGUCGGGCGUCGAGGCGCGGGGCCCUCGCACCGUCGUUGACCUGCCCGACAAGCGCGAGUGCUACUGGCAGAGCUCUCCCUGCGAGCUGUGAUUAUCAGUUAUCACGACGAGAGCGGGGAAGAGGCUCCAGCGUCCCGCGGCGUAUUUUAUACGGUUAUUCUUCGCAUCGCGCCGCGCCUCUCUCGACAAGCGUUUUGUGUCAGCGUCGGCCGUGAGAGCGCAAGUGCGAAUUAUUCGUGUGCGUGUACGUACAAAUAGUG